GCCAGGUAAAUAACAACGAAUACCUCCCGAACCAACCACCCCACAGCCAACUCAUAUAUGUAUAAAGUCCAAAAAUUACAAUGACUCAAGGCCAUGGCAGUAUGGCUGGUGGUUGACAAUAACAGGUAACUCUCAUCUCCCUCGUCUCAGCACCCCAGUCUCACGAUGCCUCCUCCGUCGAACUCUAAGAUUGCCAUCAUCGGCGCUGGCCCGGCCGGGCUCACUCUUGGCUCCCUCCUGGCUGCCAGCAAACAUGGGUUUAAUUUCACCAUCUUUGAGCGUCGCCAACGCCCCGACCCUGACGAGGUCAACCGCCCGUCGGGCAACCUGGACCUCCAGGAGGAAUUUGGCCUAAAAGUGGUCAAGACGAUCGGCCUAUACGACAAGUUCGUCAAGAUCGACAGCGGGUGCACGGAGCAAACCACGAUCCUUGACAAGACCGGCCGCGUCUUCCUGGACCACCCGGGCCAGGGCCGCCCGGAGAUCUCGCGCAACGCUCUCCACCAGCUCCUCCUCUCGGCGGUGCCCGAGGAGCGCAUCAGAUGGGGCACCAAGGUGGUCUCGGUCGACGCAGAGACGCGCACCGUCACGUUCCAGCGGGGAGACGCGCCCGAGACGCGCGAGUCGUUCGACCUGAUCGUCGGCGCCGACGGCGCCUGGUCCAAGGUCCGCGCCGCCAUCCCGGGGGCCCCGCAGCCCAUCUACUCGGGCGUCGUCUCCGUGACCAUCGACCUGCCCCCGCUCGCCGAGAAGCACCCGGACCUGCACAAGCUGCUGGGCGGCGGUACCUUCGCCGUCUGCGGCGACAACAAGGUCUUGCUCUCCCAGCGCGGCAUCCACGGCACCUCCCGCCUGUACCUGUUCCUGCACUCCAAGACGCAGGCGGCCACCCGCGAGGCUCUCGCACAGCAGCAGCAACAGCAGCAGCAGCAGCCGCACAACGACCAGGUGGGCCCCAACCCGCAGCUGGACGCCGAUCCGCUGCUGUCCGCCCUGCCCAAGACCCACGCCGACCUGCUCGGGCUCCUCCUGUCGGACGACGACUACUUUGCCGGCUGGUCCGACCAGUUCAAGCACCUCCUGACGGUCGCCAGCGAGUCGCAGCCGGCGGACCUGCCCGUCGACGCGCGGCCGCUCUACAUGCUCCCCCUGGACCCGUUCCCGCACCCGCACACGCCCGGUCUGGCGCUGGUCGGGGACGCGGCCCACCUGAUGACGCCCUUCGCGGGCAAGGGGGUCAACACGGCGAUGGCGGACAGCCUGGCGCUGGCCGAGCAGCUCGAGAAGCUGGCCGACGCCGACGCCGACGAUGGCGGCCAGACCGGCUUCGCGGACGAGCGCCUGGACAAGGCGCUCGUCGCCUUCGAGGAGGACGCGCACCCCCGCGGCCUGGCCGCCAUGAAGUUGACUUGGAUGAGUUUGUUGUUGUCGUACGAUGAGAGCGGCCCGGCGAAGCUGUGCCAGGUCAUGGCGGCGAACCACUAAAUAAACGCAAUAUUUUCACUGAUGUUUUCUUUCUUCUUUUGGG